CACAGGAAGAUCACACCAUCCCCCACCAUCAUCAGGGUGAAGAUCUGAUGAACCUGAAAGUCGAGGGUGAAGUAGAAGAGAUCUAUGUGGGGGAUGAUCAGCAAUAUAUGGAGGAGGCUGGAAUGAUGAGGACAUUCAUAGAGGAGGACACUCCUACAGAGAUCAGCACAGGAAGUUACCGGAGUUGUGUUCCUCUUAUCACGACUAAGGACGCGUCCCAGUCGGAGCUCAUUGCCGCAGUAGAGAAGCACCCUGAACUGUGGGACUUUGCCCACCCACGAUACCUGGAUCGGGUCCUAAAAAGGUCAAUAUGGCAGGAAAUAUGCCAAUCGCUGACCUUGAACUGGGAUGACCUGGGUAGACGGCAGAAGGAGAUUAGGGAGAAAACGCUCCGCAUUCGGUGGAAAUCGCUGCGAGAUCGGAUGCGGCGCCAACUCACUUUGGAGAAGGUGGCGGCCAGAAGUGGAGCCCCAUCCUGUGGCAUAAAACCCCAUCCGUUUUCGGCACAGCUCGCCUUCCUACGAAAGGCAAUGGAGUCUACAGAGAACUCUGCAAGUGAGAGGGAGAAACCGGGGAAUGAGAGUGAGGCCACGCCCCCCAACCCGCCCACUUCUGGUAGAACACCGGUGGCGACCUCCUAUCCCGCCAAACCGAGGGGAUCCCAACAGUCCACCAACAUUGAUGUGUCACCUCGUCAGGGUGCUGUGGCAAAGGAGUGCUCGGGCACUUUUGGGCGUUCCUAUAGACGUGAGCAGCGGCAGAGGGAGAGAGAGAGACCCCCGAAAGUCAAGGACAGGAUCUUACAGCUGCUGGAUGAAAUGCGGCAACCACCCAGUAAACCUGCAUACAGAGAUCCAUUCCUAGAUCCCAACGAUGAGAGGGCUGUCUUCUGCCGGAACCUCUAUCAUUUGCUGGCAGACCUCAGCAGGGAGAAUGAAAUGCAGGUCCAGGAUGGUAUUGUUGCAUAUGUCAUCGCCUGCAGGUCCGCUCAACGCAAUGGGCUUCCAAUGCCACACUUUACGUAUGCUCCGCCUGCUUCAUAUCUGUCUGCAGCUCCUCCAGGGCCACCCCUAUACCCAGUUAAUUCUGUGACCCCAGGUCCCCCUACUCUCUACCCCCAAACCCCAGCUCCUGCAGGUCCACCUCUAUACCCAGCGACUUCUGCAACGCCAGGUCCCCCCGCUCACUACCCGCAAACCCCAGCUCCUGCAGGCCCACCCCUAUACCCAGCGACUUCUGCGACGCCAGGUCCCCCUGUUCCCUACCCCCAAAACCCAGCUCCUCCGCACGCCCCCUCCUCAUUCUCACCAGACUCGUGGCCUUCCCACUACUUCAGUUAAUCCAUCCCAGUCCCCGUUCGAUUUUUCACAGGGACGUUCUUCCUCCUUCCUUCACUGUUUACCACAUUCUGUCAGCUGAGGCCCCCCCCAUUCAUUUCUUUGAUCAACCCUCAACUAUCCAGGUGGCUAUAUUUGUGUCUUAUGUUGCUUCAUUGGGCAAAUGUUGAGGCUACUUUUCUUUCUCGCAUUAAAAAAAAAUAUUCAAUAAAUGUGUGUUUGGCCUGAACAGGGACGUUCUUCCUCCUUCCUUCACUGUUUACCACAUUCUGUCAGCUGAGGCCCCCCCCCAUUCAUUUCUUUGAUCAACCCUCAUCUAUCCAGGUGGCUAUAUUUGUGUCUUAUGUUGCUUCAUUGGGCAAAUGUUGAGGCUACUUUUCUUUAUCGCAUU